AGCACCUCAAACUUACUCAUUCAUUGUGCUAGCUCGCCUCACUCACAAAGUCACAAGUUUGAACCCAUUCCGCCGCCACUCAUUCAUUCACACCUCACCUUCCAGUCGCACGGAGUAUAUAGAUAGCCCGCCCGGUCGGAACCAGCUGACGUUGUGCCACGCUCUCACUAGCAGCAGCACCUGUCACUCCACUCCACUCCCCUCCAAUUAAGCUCCCGAUCCAUCAUCCAUGGCCAGCAGCUCCCGAGGCCGCUGGGCGAGCCCCGACCGGACUAUCGUCUGGACAGAGCCUCCCAAGCCCACCAGCUCCACCCGCCGUGCCCCGGCGCCGAAGAAGAAGGCGACCGCGGCGGUGGUGUACUACCUGUCCCGCGAGGACGGCCAGCUCGACCACCCGCACUUCAUGGAGGUGCCGCUCUCCUCGCCGCACCGAGGCCUGAGCCUCCAGGACGUGCUGGCCCGCCUCGCCCUGCUCCGCGGCGCCGCCAUGGCGGGCGCCUACUCGUGGUCCUCCAAGCGCGGCUACCGGAACGGCUACGUCUGGCACGACCUCGCCGCCGACGACCUCGUCCACCCCGCCAAUGACAAGGACGGAACCGAGGAGUACGUCCUCAAGGGGUCCAAGCUCCUCGUGCCGCCGCGCCCGCGCGACGCCUCCGCUGGUUCUUCUUCCUCUUCGUCUUCCAGCUGCCUCGUCCAGGAGCAGGAGCCGGAGGGCAAGACAAAGACGCCCAUGGCGACCGGCAGGGCUGGGCGCCGGAAGAACUGGAGCUCGUUUGACCUCGGCGAGUACAGGGUGGCCGCAGCCGUGCAUCCCGGCGCCGACGCUGCCACGCAGACGGAGGACAGGCGGCGCCGGAUUCCUAGGGAGCCGGCGGCGACGGAGCUGGGCGCGGACGAGAUCUCGCCGCCGCCGUCGUCCAGCAGCCCCGACACGCUCGAGACGCUCAUCAACCACGACGCCCGCCUCGCCGCCGCCUCUGCAGCAGUCGCCAUAGCGGCGCCGCAGCGCGAGGCGGCAGAGGCCGAACGGGUGGUGGGCGUGAUCGCGGGCGGGAGGAUGCGCGCGUCGGCGGUGCUCAUGCAGCUCAUCUCCUGCGGCUCCAUCCCCGCCGCCGCCAAGCCCAAGCACCAGCGGAGUCGUCUCCCGCGAGGCCGCUCCGACCUCAGCUCCCGCGUGGACGCCAGCUUCUCCUCGGGCUCCGGCAGCAGCAUUGCCAUAGGAGGCAUGGGCAUGGACAGGGAGUACUUCAGCGGCAGCCUCGUCGAGACCACCACCAACAACAAGAGCCUCGACCGCGACGGCGCCGGCGCCGGCAGCGAGCUCAAGAGGUCGUCCUCCUACAAUGCCGACAGUGUGGGCGUGUCGUGCAGGGGCAGCAGUAAGCUGGAGCUGGCAGAGAAGGAGGUGGACGGCGUCCGCGCACGCUGCAUCCCAAGGAAAUUGCCCAGCAGCAACAGCAAGUUAGCACCAGCAGCUGGGGCGCAGACACAAGGCACGGACGGAGCACAGCCCUGACUCAAUCAAGAUCCAAAGGCAAGAAACGCCGGUAACCAAAUGCCAUGUCCCUGUGUUGAUUCAUCCUUGGACAACUCUCUCAUCAACUUCAGACUUUCUUCCUUCACGGCAGUAGGUGUGUGUGCCAGCGUGGGUACUGGUAGCAGGCAGUUAGGCACAUAGGUAGCCUGUGCAAAGUGGUGUCCGAACCUGAACCUGAAUCGUCAAUUUCAGACUUUCAAAGUGUACGUCUGUACUACGGCAUUAUUUAUUGGCACCGUUGGUCUGUGUGUUGCCUCAACUGUAUGCAUGAGUCUGAAAUUCCUGAAUGAACAAAACAUCGCCUGCAGUGCCGGUGUUUGACUUUC